CUGUGGAUGAGAGCUUGACACUCUACCUUAAAACCUUGCGGCCCAAAUGUCUACCUUCAACACCACGCAGACAGUUGCGUUCAAGAUGGCGCUUUUGGUCAACCUAGGUGUGUCGCAUCGCAUACUCGGCAUGGCGGCUGGCAAGCGUAGGAACAGCCCCAUCUUCCAAGUCUUCUUGGUCCCUUUUGCGAAGCUCGCGGUAGUUAUCAGCGACUUCCGCGAGGCGCAGGACAUUCUCAUGCGCCGGAAAGAGUUCGACCGCUCCGACUGGACUAUCGACAACCUGAAUGGCGAAACCCCGCAAUUCCACAUCAACCUCAAGACGGGUCCUGAGUGGAAAGGCCGCCGGCGACUGCUGCAGAACCUGAUGACGUCGGCGUUCCUGAGCAGCGUCGCGGCGCCCAACAUCUACACCAGCGCGGCUAAUUUUGAGGACAUGUGGAAGACCAAGGCGCGCCUCGCGGGCGACCGAGCUUUCUCCGCCGACCAGGACUUUUACCAUGCCGCGCUCGACGCUGUCUUGGAUUUCAGAUUCGGUGACAGUCACCCUCACCGGGCACUGAAGCCGCAAGCCGAGUUGCUUACGGGGCAAGAGACACAAUCAGUCCCGGCUAUCUCGGCCACGGCGGAUCCCGUGGAAUUCCCUACAGCCCAACCCCACGAGCCAAUCAAGGCUAUCCUGGCUGCCGGCGACCUCAUACAAUAUAUUACAAGGUCCGGAUUGGUGAAACUCGCGUGGUGGUGGACGAAGCUUCAGCCCAGGGAGAAAAAGCUCAUGGACCAGCGAGCUCAGUUCGUCAAAGAGCAAACUUACCAUGCCAUUGAGAAACUACAGAAGGACACCGACGAGGAUAGCGAGUUCUGGGUCAUGUGCGCCGUCGAUCUCAUUAUUCACCGAGAGCGCAAAUUCGCUAAGAAGAAAGGUCGUGAACCGAUAUUUUGGUCUUCAGUCAUGAAGGACGAACUCCGCCAGGACCUGCGGGCCGCCCACGCCUCGGCCCUCGCCGAGAACCGCGCCCCCUCGCACAGCGAGGAGGUCCUGCGGCUCGCCCACACCGCCCCGGUCAUGGAUCGACAUCCUCGGUCACCACACAUCCCGGCGGGUACGAUCGUGCUCAUGCCCAACAUCGGCCCGAGCUACACCUCGCUGUCGUUCGAGAUCGACGAGGCGGUGCGGAGCGAGACGUCCAAGCAGGCGGCCAAGGAGCGGGGCAUCCGCUCAUGGCCCGCGGACGACAUCAACGUCUACCGGCCGGAGUGGUGGCUGUUCACGGACGAAGUGGCGGGCGGAGAGCGCUACGAAGCUACUUCGGGGCUGGCGAUCCCAUCCGGACUGGGAACCAGGGACUGCUUCGGACGCAAGCUGGCGAAUCUGGAGCUGACGCUGUUCGUGACCCUGAUUAUCUGGAACUUUGAGCUGCAGCCGUGCGCCAAGGAAACCUCAACCUACGAGCCCUUGGAGGGCAUCAAGUUCAGGCCAAAGCAUUGCUACGUCAGACUUGGUGAUGUGGCCAUUUGA